GGCGCCGCUCGCCUCCACAAGCACGCGCGCACACAUGCGGGCUGCACGGCGCGAUGAAGCGCAGCCGCACGAGCAGCAGCAUCACAGGAGGAGAAACGCUCCACCAGCAGCAGCACCGUGACCGUGACCGAGGCGCGAGAGCAGCAACCAUGGUGAAUCACCGUGAAGCUGGAGGAAGACCCGCCCCCUGCUUCCCUAUUGGCCCUCUUGAAUUCAAGUCCCGCUUGAACACUCCCUCCAGGAUGCAGAAGCAGCCCUGCUGGACCUAGCCGCAGGAGCGAGAGGUUAAUCGCUGAGAGGAAAGAGAUCGUCUCAGGUUCCGCGCGAGUAGGAGGCGUCGACGAAGAGGAGCCGAUGACAUGGAUGCGCUGAAUUUCACCUACUGGAACGCCUCGGAGGGCAAUGACACCGAUGCGGAAGAGGAGCGUGAGAGCUCCUACAAGACGGUGGAGGUGGUCUUCAUCGUGCUAGUUGCUGGCUCCCUUAGCCUGGUCACUGUCAUCGGCAACAUCCUGGUCAUGCUCUCUAUAAAGGUCAACAGGAACCUGCAGACCGUCAACAACUAUUUCCUCUUCAGCUUGGCAUGCGCCGACCUCAUUAUAGGACUCUGCUCAAUGAACUUGUACACGGUCUACAUCGUCAUCGGGUACUGGCCUCUGGGACCGGUGGUUUGCGACUUGUGGCUGGCACUGGACUACGUGGCCAGCAACGCUUCAGUCAUGAAUUUGCUCAUCAUAAGCUUUGACAGGUACUUCUGUGUGACAAAGCCCCUCAGCUACCCUGUUAAAAGGACCACCAAGAUGGCAGGCAUGAUGAUCGCCGCUGCCUGGGUCCUGUCCUUCAUCCUGUGGGCGCCGGCUAUUCUCUUUUGGCAAUUCAUCGUGGGCGGGCGGACUGUGCCAGAAAGGGAGUGCUACAUUCAGUUCUUCUCAAACGCAGCAGUCACUUUUGGCACCGCCAUCGCCGCCUUUUACUUGCCCGUAAUCAUCAUGAUUCAGCUCUACUGGCAAAUCUCAAGAGCGAGCAAGAGCCGUGUCAAGAAGGAUAAUCGCAAGCCGUCGGGAGGCAAUGCCGAGCCGCUGUCACCUGCCAAGCGCAGGAACAACAAACCGAACAACAACAACAUACCGGCCGAGAACAGAGCGGCUUCCCUGAGCCAGAACACGGAGGACUGCAGCAACCAGGACGGCGCCAACCAGCACGACGGCAGGAUGCAGAAUGGCAAAGCGCCUACCUCAACCACGGCCGAGGGCGAAACCGAGGGCGACGAUGCGGCCAGGGAGAUCGGCGCUGCCGGCGAGGAGAAGGAGAGCUCUAACGACUCCACCUCGGGCAGUGUGGCCGCAUCCAACGUGAAAGAUGAGGAAACGCCGCCGUCUGCAACCAACUCGGCCGCCGACCCCGGCCGACCGCUCCCCCGCCAGCGCGCCAAGGCGGGCGUAUCCAAGCUGACCUGCAUCAAGAUCAAAGCGAAACCCCCCAAAGGGGACUGCUACACACCGUCCAACGCCACGGUGGAGAUCGUGCCCGCCACCGAGCGACAGAACCACGUGGCCCGCAAGAUCGUGAAGAUGACCAAGCAACCGCCUAACAAGAAGAAGAAGGCGGCCCCGUCACGUGAAAAGAAGGUGACGCGCACCAUCAUGGCCAUCCUGGUGGCUUUUGUAGCAACGUGGACACCUUACAACGUGAUGGUGCUGAUCAACACUUUUUGCUCUAGCUGCAUCCCCAACACGGUGUGGACGCUAGGCUACUGGCUAUGCUACAUCAACAGCACCAUUAACCCCGCCUGCUACGCUCUCUGCAACGUCACCUUCAAAAAGACAUUUAAGCACCUGCUGCUCUGCCAGUACAAGAACAUUCGGUCUGCCAGGUAGACAUUGGUGCAGAUGUUUUGUCCGAAUGACCGUCCGUCCUACUACUUCCGUUUCUCUCAACCGAGCAUCUCUCCUCAAAGUCACACGUACUUCUGGGUGGCAAAAGCUCAAGCGAUUCCCGAUGGCACCAGUAGUCAACACACCAUUGGUCAAAGUGAAUGAAUCCUCAAGCAUACAACCAUAAUUUGUAAAUAAGCCAAGCCUUUUGUAGACUGCUACCGUUUGACUUACAAAUCUGUGCGUCGAUAGUAAACAGCCUAUUUAUAUAACUAAGAAGACUACAAUCGCUUGAGCGUUCCAUUUCUGUAGCAGUUGUUCUUCAAUCCUGAACUGGAUCGUGAAAUUCAGCAGGUUGUCUUUCGCAAAAUCAGUUAAAGACGAUUCAACAAAUUUGUUUCAUACUAAGGGUGUAACGGCACACGUAUUCGUAUUGAACCGUUUCGGUACUUGGCGUUCGGUUCGGAACGGGGGUGUACCGAACGAGUUUCUGACGGAAUGUAACCCUUACUUUUCGAGGCUGUGAGUCGAUCGGGUUACAGUUUCUUUGUUGUUCUUCAAACCAGAACUGGAUCGUGAAAUUCAGCAGGUUGUCUUUCGCAAAAUCAGUUAAAGACGAUUCAGCAAAUUUGUUUCAUACUAAGGGUGUAACGGUACAUGUAUUCGUAUUGAACCGUUUUGGUACUUGACGUUCGGUUCGGAACGGGGGCGUACCGAACGAGUUUCUGACGUAAUGUAACCCUUACUUUUCGAGGCUGUGAGUCGAUCGGGUUUCAGUUUCUUUGUGUAGAUUAUAUUUAGUCCGCCUUCCCUACUAUAAUGAGGACCAACAUGGUAGGACAGUAAGAAACGUCAACGGGCCAACAACGUGGCCGCCACCAGAAACGCGGCCGUUGAAGUUAAUCAGUGAAUGCACACCAGUCGCAGUGCGGCCGCGUGUUGCGUCCCAGAAGCGGCUCAACGCGAUGCACGCGAAAACAACGGCAGAGUUUAUUAUUUGACGCGAGACACGGCCCUCCUGCGUCAAUACUACUAGCUAGCAGACUGGGCAGAUCGGAAGUCACUCAUGUAAAAAUACGGUGGAUCCGGUCGAUUUUCAAACUAAUAUGCAAUCGUAACCCACUUUUUGAGUCCAUCAAAUCUCUUGAGUGGUAGAUCGGGGCACAGUUGACUUGUCUUCUUUGAUUUACUGCUGUCUUCUCUGCUAUAAUAACAACCAGCACGGCCCCGUGUUCACUACAAAACCCUCCUACCACAACAAAACAAUACAAUACAAACAAAACAACAAAAUAUACAAUAUAAAUGAAUACUACAUCACAUUUGUAAAAUACAAACACACAGUAAAAUAAAUAAUAGCCCAUUUCAAUAAAAUAAAUUGAAAUGAGCUAAAACACCUGUAAUUAAAUAAUAAGAAUAAUACACAGAUCCUGCUUACACAAUUAAAUUUAGCUUUUCUCUUUAGCACAGGACUUCUUUUUUCUUCUUUCUUUCAGAAAGAAAGCUGACCAAUACGCGGGGUCUGAAAAGCAAAUUGUUGUUGGAUUAUUAUCUUUAAAUACCCACUACUUUUUGAGCAGAAUUCUAGCUUUGUAUAGGCUACUGGUCCUAUUGUUGAAAGCACAAAAGUGUGUCAUAAACUAGCACAUUUAUAUUUUGCAUUUUGUUUUCUUACUGUACCGAAAAUGAACCGAACCGUGACCUCAAAACAGAGGUACGUACCGAACCGAGAUUUUUGUGUACCGUUACACCCCUAUUUCAUACAUAUCUUUUGUGGAAAUAAUCGGAUGAGUGACUACUCGCGUUCUGCCACCUGGAAGUACUCUAGCUAAUAGUAGUAGCGUCCCGCAACUACAGGACAGACUUCAACAUCAGAGCUCCACAAUGGGACAACAGGGCUGCCUGGAUUUACAAACCAAACGUGUUUUAGGUUCAGUGACAACACUUACUUGUAGAUAACUGUACAAAGCAGCUCCAUACUUUGUCUUCACCUGGAAUCUUUUCCACGGAUAUUUUGGCCACCCGAAAUAUUCAAACUGGAUCCACUGUUUUCAAAACACGACUAAAACCCACUCACCUGACAAAUUUUGGGACCUGUCACUUUUAGUUUUUUUCCUAUUAGUCCAGAAAAAUUGGACAACAAAAAUGGAUUGUUCGUCCCUACGUUUUGCUCACUCAGCACUUUUCGACGUAAUAGUUUUUUGCUGACGGCAGACAAUAACAUUUUUUUCGCGCACUGUCACAUUAGGAAUCUCGGCAACAUCUAACUGGUAGCUGGAGCUCAGAGCUUAUUAAUGUUUGUUUUAGAGUGCGUGGAUCAAUGUAUGUUGUGUGAGUGCUGAUGUGUGGUUUUGCGCUCCAAGUGUGGAGUUGACUUCAGAUCGCAGCCUCAUCGGCUCGUGAUUUAAAAAGGGCUACAUUCUCGUCUAUAAUGUAAUACAUUCACAUUAGCAUUAUGUGUACAUACCUUCACACCGAAAGUCCUUCUUGGAUGCACACUGGCCGCCGGGCUGAUUUGAAGAGUGUGGUCAUGGGUGGGAAAUGAGCACAUUAACAUACACAUUAGCAUUUUACAAUCAAAAUUGGCCCAUUAGACGCUCAGCUAGAGCGCAAGAAUGCUCGUCAGUGGAAGUAACUGCAUCAUUUUAUGUUUUAUUCACUUCAAUAGUUUCAUACAUGAAGGACAGCUCAUAAUUGCAGCUCAGAUGACAUGUACAUUUGGACAGCACAUAUUUUCUGAUCAUAUGACAGUAAAUGAAAUGCGAUUAAGCUAUUCAAAGAGCAAUAUUAUUUCACUUACCAGGAGGCAGGGGUGAAAGUGGCUAGAAUUUCUUGCCGGAACUCCCCUACAUGAAGGUCGCCACGGAGCCAGAAAUUUUGUUGAUUUAUUUUUCCUUUUUUUUUGGGGGGGGGGGGGGGG